CUCUCCCAGAAUAUUCCCACGCUAACGCAGGAACGUGGCUGUUCAGGUUAACUCCGCUGGAGUACCCUCAUAGCACACGGUUCCUCCAACAAUAACUGUCCCUGACUCACUAAGUAACGAUUCUGUAGAUCACUGCAAUUCUUCAACAUAGGCUGUAUGGCAAAAACAGUCUGGGUUCUUGAGUUUACGCAGCGCCCGGUUCUUGGGCGUAAUCCAUGGCAUGGUAGCAUAUUUUCCCUUGUAACGGUUAUCUCCUCCUCCUUAGUUCAUAUCUUCUUCAUCGAUCGAAUCAGGAAGAUGACAAAACGGCCAUGGCUUCCCCUGGUGAUUCUGAUUACAGCAUUGUCCACACUGGGCUGUGGCCUAGAGGUUGCAGUGAGCGCGAUAACACUCCGAAGUGGUAGUGUGGCGCACGGCUAUCGUGGCGACGUUAUUGGGUGGUGGACAUCCCAAGCGGUAACAGACAUGCUAAUAGCAGGGACUAUGGUGGUACUGUUAUGGCGUAGUCGGACGGGGUUUCGACGGACGGACCGGGCUCUCACCUUGAUGGGAAUAUACGCCGUGAACACUGGUUUAGUACCCUGUAUUAUGGCAAUCGUAAUCGAAAUUAUCUUUCUAUCUUACAAGCAAACGGUCCAUUUCAUUUAUCUGUUCUUCAGCACGUCAUUAGGUGGGGUAUAUACCUUCACACUCCUUGCUAAUUUAAACGCGCGAAAUCGCAUGCGGUCAUGCCUUCACCCAAAAGAAGGUGAAGCUAUCCAUCAAUCUCUUUUCCUCACCGGAUUCCUUGCUCGGAGGCCGGAUCAAUUCCCCCGCCUUCGAGUGGUAAUUACUCUGGCGAUCCGCAUAUCAAGGUGCAGGUGCAUCAAGAGGCUAUGACAAGUGAUGAUAUACCGAUGAUACCGCAUAACCUCUCAUCACGCUUCAUAGAACCAUAGAGGAAGUCGUUUAUUAGCUAGACAUUACAUAUUAUAUAACAUUGUUUCCAAACACCACCCGUGAUUUGCUUACCAGUAUUUUGGAUUCAUCAUACACCUUCAUAAUGAAUGAUCAUGAUUUUGGUCGCAACGCCUCACCAAUUAUCUAGCUCAGAGAGGAUAUCUCGGACUUUCUGCCUCCGUGACUUGCGUGCGCCUGUCUUGUCCCUAUCUCAUAGGAUGAACUUCACUGUUGGCCAGCAGCCAGCUGCGGAUUGAGUGCAUUGGGGUUCUACCGAGUUGCCUUGUUGUGAGUCGAGAGUCGAGCAUCGGGAUAGUCAGC